AUGGCUGCAGAUUCUUUUCUGGGCCAUAUGCGCGAAAUGGCUGGUGAUGUUCGUCCAUCGAUCGCAAUCGCAGGGCUGCUUCUGGUCUUCCUGACACUCUGGUCCGCCCUCUCAACAUGGCGACAGUACAACCGCCUGCGCGAAUUUAAAGGCCCUCGCCUAGCAGCCCUCUCAAAAUGGUGGUUGAUCAAGAAAGUCGGUGGUGGAAGAGCAUACCUCGACUUUUGGGAGGUCACAAAACAAUACGGCUCAAUCGCUCGAGUCGGACCCAACGAUCUUCUCACCGACGACCCAGAAUUAAUGCGCCAUAUCCUGAAUGUACGAACCGAAUAUCGCCGAUCAGAUUGGUACGACGGCAUGCGCUUCGAUCCCGGCAACAACAACAUUCUCUCGUGGCGCGACGAGGACGAGCAUUUCAAGCUGCGCUCCAAGAUGUCAGCUGGCUACGGCGGUCGCGAAGUAGAGAAUCUCGAACCCAAGAUCGACAGGAACAUACUCUCCUUCAUGGACUUGUUGGGAAAAUACGCCGAUGAGAAAAAACCCGUUGAUUUUGGUCGGCGCGCGCAGUUUUUCACUCUAGAUGUCAUCUCGGACCUGGCGUUUGGUGAACCAUUUGGAUUUUUGGAGACGGAUUCGGAUGUGUACAAGUAUAUCCAGAUCACGGAGGAGACGCUGCCAGCUGUCAUGGUGACAACGGUGAUUCCGUGGCUGGUCAAGGUCUUGAGUUCGCCGCUGUUCAAAAGCCUUUUGCCGUCGGAGAAGGAUAGGCUUGGGUUUGGAAAGUUGAUGGGAAUUGCGAAACAGGUCACGGCUGAGCGAUUUGGACCGGAUAAAAAGGUUCAGAAAGACAUGCUUGGGUCUUUUGUCGCUCAUGGCCUCACACAGAAAGAAGCAGAGUCGGAGAUUCUGUUGCAGAUUGUCGCGGGCUCGGAUACAACAGCUACAGCCAUUCGCUCAACCAUGCUUCAUAUCAUCACCAAUCCCCUCGUAUACUCCACCCUCCGCUCCGAAAUCUCAAAAACCCACUUCUCAGAACCCAUAAUCCCUGACUCAAUCGGCCGUGAUCUUCCCUAUCUCCAAGCCGUCAUAAAAGAAGGCCUGCGCAUAUUCCCUCCCGUCGCAGGUCUUAUGUCCAAACAAGUCCCUCCCCAAGGCGACACCUGGAAAGGGAAAUUCAUACCCGGCGGUACUAAAAUCGGAUACUGCGCGUGGGGAAUAUUCCGCCGUGAGGAUAUCUGGGGUUCUGACGCUGGAGAGUUUCGGCCGGAGAGAUGGCUAGAGAGCAAGGGUGAGAAGUUGAGGGAGAUGGAGAGUGCGCUGGAGUUGAUCUUUAGUUAUGGAAGAUGGCAGUGUUUGGGAAGACCGGUUGCUUUGAUGGAACUGAACAAGGUCUAUGUUGAGUUGCUGAGACGGUUUGACUUUACGAUUUGUGAUCCUACCAAGCCUUGGACUGUGUUUAAUUGUGGUAUUUUCUCACAGUCUGAGCUUAUGGUUCGCGUUCACCGCAGGGAAUGA